CUUUUCCCUCUUCUGGGCAAUCAGGCCCACACAUUCCCCUCUUCCCUUCCUUUCCUGCUUCUUCAUUCCUUCAGCUCCAGCCUCCACACUUCGACUUCGAGAUCCUGCAAUCACGGCGGCCAUGGCGAGCACCGCCCGUCUCUCCACCUCCUGCAGCCUGGCGACCGGCAGCAUCACCAUCAGAAGCAGGAGGACAACCAUGGCCGCCAUUGGAUGCGCUCCCAGCGGCAGCAGGACCCACCGGAGGAGUGCUGGACUUUCCCUGUGCCGCUCCUCCACGGCCGGAGCUGAAGGGGGCAGGAAGAUGGAGGAUUACAAUAGCGCCAUGAAGCGGAUGAUGCGCAACCCCUACGAGUACCACCACGAUCUCGGUAUGAAUUAUGCUGUCAUCAGUGAUAGCCUGAUUGUUGGCUCACAACCUCAAACUCCUGAAGAUAUCGAUCAUUUGAAAAAUGAAGAGAAUGUGGCCUACAUUCUUUGUUUACAGCAGGACAAGGACAUUGAGUACUGGGGCAUUGAUUUCCUGGCUAUUCUCAGCAGGUGCAAAGAACUUGGCAUUAAGCACAUCAGAAGACCGGCAGUUGACUUCGACCCAGAUUCCUUGAGGUCACAAUUGCCUAAGGCAGUUUCUGCAUUAGAAUGGGCUAUAUCACAACGCAAAGGGCGGAUUUAUGUCCAUUGCACUGCUGGACUUGGGAGAGCACCUGCGGUUGCUAUUGCUUACAUGUUUUGGUUUGAGAAUGUGGAUCUCAACACAGCUUACAAGAAACUAACCUCCAUAAGGCCCUGCGGACCCAAUAAGAGGGCGAUCCGUGCCGCAACCUAUGAUCUAGCUAAGAAUGAUCCAUUGAAAGAGCCUUUUGAGACUCUUCCUGAACAUGCUUUUGAGGGUAUUGCAGACUGGGAGAGGAAGUUAAUUCAUAACCGGGUGCGUGCUCUUCGCGAAGCAUGAGCAGAAGAAGAAAAGCUUAACAAUAGCCUCCUCAAUGUAGUUGGUAAUGAGAAGGAAAUAAAGAGGGCGUUCAUAGGUUACAUGGGUUUUAUGUAGAAGGCGACUGCACCUUUUGUGGUGAGUGAGCUUGCAUAUGGGAAACCCAUCCAUGAACAGAGCAUUAUAGGUUCAUUGUGUAAAUAAAGAAGCAACGCGUGUUAUGAUAUAUUUGUUUUUUUUA